AUGGCUGCCAUCACCAAUUUCUUAGCCAAACCACUUUCUGAAUCCCUCCCAACCCUUCCAAACGCAACCCUUUUCUGCUGUAACUCCUCUUUCUCAUUCAAGCAAAAGCGCGGCGCCGGAAUCUUCCAAUCCCGCCCUACAGUUUUCACCAUAAAUGCCGCCUCCCCUUCCUCCGCCGCAGCCGGCGUCAAGAAACCGGCGGCGAAGGCGCCACCAAGCGACGAGAGAGUGCAACAAGUCCACAGCGCGAAGGAAUUCGACGACGCACUCGUAGCGGCGAAGAACAAGCUGGUGGUGGUGGAGUUCGCGGCUAGUCACAGCGCAAGGAGCCGGAAAAUCUACCCUUUUAUGGUGGAGCUCAGCCGGACUUGUACCGACGUGGACUUCUUGCUCGUCAUGGGGGACGAAUCGGAAGAAACCAAAGCGUUAUGCAAGAGGGAGAACAUCGAAAAAGUGCCCCAUUUCAGUUUUUACAAAUCGAUGGAGAAAAUCCACGAAGAAGAAGGGAUUGGGCCUGAGGAAUUGCAAGGGGACGUGUUGUAUUACGGGGAUAAUCAUUCCGCGGUGAUACAACUCCAUUGCAGGGAGGACGUGGAGAAGCUGAUUGAAGACCACAAAAUCGAUGAUAAGCUGAUUGUUCUGGAUGUGGGAUUGAAGCACUGUGGGCCCUGCGUUAAGGUUUAUCCGACGGUUAUCAAGCUGUCCAGACAGAUGAUGGAUACUGUUGUUUUUGCCCGAAUGAAUGGAGAUGAGAACGACAGCUGUAUGCAGUUCUUGAAGGAUCAGAAUGUGGUUGAGGUGCCUACGUUUUUGUUCAUCAGAAAUGGUGAGAUUCGUGGAAGGUAUGUUGGAUCUGGGAAAGGAGAGCUCAUUGGAGAAAUUCUUAAAUACCAAGGAGUUUUCUCUUAA